AUGAGCAAAACUACCACAGCAAACGUCAAUCAAGCUUCAGGCAAAGCUUCGGCUUCGACGUCCACGUCCGCUUCUUCCGCCUGGUCUCGUGGACCUCCAACCGCUUCUGCUACCUCGACACCUGUACCCUCCAACCCAGCUUCAGGAAGUAACACUCCUGCUCAAUCAAAUUCCUCUUUACCCAAUGGAGUAAGUAACCAAUCGUCAGCAUCAAAUGGUCCCAACCCAGUGCCUAUCGCAGGUAGUGGACAUAGUAGGAAAAGUAGCAUGUUAGUGGGAGGUGGUAUGGAUAUCAAACGAGGUAACAUCGCUUUUGGUACUGUCGAUCACCCCAACCCCAUGCUGUCCUCAUCUCCGGCUGCUCCUUCAACGACUGGUGCUCACCUCUCUGAUGCUGUCAAAUCAUUCGGUUCGAUAGACGCCGACGCCUCCAAUGACUCUGCUGCAGUCAAGACCAAAAGGAUGAGUUCGCUAGGUGCUCAAUCUUCGACCAGUCCACCACCCACCACUGGCGUUGUCCCACCCAAAAAGAACCUCGAUCUGCACUCCCUCUUCGCCGGUAAACCCCAUCAACAAGCACCCGCUCCCUCUACCUCGUCUCCCCAGCAGCAACCUGCUGUACCCCCUACACAUGACAGGAGGCAAUCGAUGAGUCAAUCAGGUUUCCAACCUGGACCAAAUGGUCUUUCAAACUCACCUUACACCGGUACUCCCCACCUCCGUCCACCCGUUAGCGGUCUCCCCAACCAACAACGAUCACCUGUUCUCAACCAAGCUAUCCCACCCAACCAGUUCAACCCAUCUGCACCUACCCAUGUCCAACAAGGUUUCCGACCUCCUCAACAAGGUGGUAUGCCUCCCCAGCAAGCCCAAGUCAGACCUAAUGGUGUUGGUCCUCAGGGUAUGCCCAGACCGGGUAUGAUGAUGGGUCCAGGUGGAAUGGGAGCUUACGGUAUGCAUCCUGGUCCUCAAGGUCCAGGUUACCCAAUGAUGCAAUACCCUCAACAGAAUUACUACCAGGGAUACAACCCAUACGAGCAGCAGCAGUACAACCAACAGUGGGCUCCUCAGCAACAUCCUCAGAAUCAGCAGUACAACAGUGUUGGCUACAACCCAGCUCAACAACAAGCUGGACCAAUGUCUCCUCGAGCUGCCCAGGGACAACUUCCACCAUCUCAAUCACCCAUGCCACCUUCCGCUGGCCUCCCCAGUAGUGGUGGUGCCAGUCCCGUUCCCACACCCCCUACUCGACCUCCAUCCCUUAUGAGUGGUCAUCAACCUACUCCCUCAAACGCUUCUGCCGCUUCCAUCCCUGUGACACCUCAACGACCUAUGCCUCCUACCUUUACACCUCAACAGGCUCAAAGCCCCUCGACUCCAGGUUUCGCUCCUCAUCUAUCUGGAUCCGCACCUACAUUCACUCCCAGAAGGACAACCGCCGCCAUCAAGAUUUCUCGUCCGGAUGGAUCCGCCUUAGAUCUCAAGGCUGAAGCUGCCGUCAAAGCUAAGACCUCACCGGCUCCAUCGAGUGGUGCGGGUACACCGGAACUAGGAAGUGAGCCACAGCAGGAAGCUCCUAAGAAGAAACUUGCUUUACCAGUUGUUGUCAGAAUCGAGUCUGAGGAGCAGAAGAAGCUACGAUUAGCCGAGGAAGCUGCUAAAGAGAAGAUCAGGUUGACGGAAGAGAAGGAGGAGAAGGAGAGGCAGGAACGAAGAGAGAAGAAAGCCAAGGAGGAAGAGGAACGAAAAGCUAAGGAGGCAGCUGAGAAGGCCGAAAAGGAGAAAGCGGAAGCUGAAAACAAAGAAAAGGCUGCUGCCGAAGCUGAGAAGAAGAAACUCGAAGAAGCAUUCGCCGCUGAACAAGCCGCCGCUGAAAAGGCCGCGGCUGAGAAGGAGGCCAACGCUAAGGCUCUCAGAGAACACUCUGAGAAGGCCGAACAAGAGAAGGCUGCGGCACAUGCUGCCGCUCAAGAAGCCAGAGAGAAAGCAGACGAACAACGACGAGCUCUCAUGACCCCCGCCGCCUCAACUCCAUCCUCUCCUCUCGCUUCUCCCGCUUUGGGUGCUGGUCUCCCUGCCAAACCUGUCGCUGCUAUCAACGGUGCCAGACGGCCCCCACCUUCCGCUCUCGAUCUCAAACCUUCCUCACCAUCUCUUGCCGAUGAAUCCCCUAGUGCCUCUCAAUCAGCUCUCAACACCGCUAAACCCAUUGAAGAUCUCUCAUCUAUCGUCUAUCCCGGCUCAAUGAAAUCUCCUCAACCACAGCUCAACGUCGGUGCUGAGCCUGGUAAAUUCAGAUACGACCGAGACUUCCUGAUGCAAUUCAUGGGCGUGUGUCGAGAGAAGCCUGAAAGCUUACCUCCUCUCGAAGAAAUCGGUCUUGAAGCCGAUGCUUCAAGUGGAUUUGGUAGUCGAGGAUCAAGAGGUGGACGAAAUUCUAUGGGCCCUUCCAGUCGAAGUGUCAGUGGUGCGCCAACUGGUCUUGGUAUCGGUGGUCUCAACAGACCUGCUUUCCCAGGUCAAGGUAUGGGAUCUUUCGGUAUGGGUCAAUUCGGUUCUGGAUCGGGAUCUCUCCGAGGUACCACCAGCGAACAACGAUAUCAAGCGACUCUCAGAGCUGGUUCAAUGGGUCGAUCACCAUCUCAAGGUGGGCCUGGAAUGCCAGGAAUGGCUGGUCUCCCUUCUAUGGGUCCAUCCACUUCCCGAUCUGGUGCUAGUCGAGGUAGUCAACGUGGUACCAAGCGAGCUCCUCAGGAACCCCGAGCAAGCUUGUCUCAAGAGCCUGCUCCUCCACCAUUACAGGUCUCAGGUAACGCUUGGACCAGAACCAGACUCGGAGGUGAUGACGAGGGAUCACCAGCGUUCAUUGAACGAAAGGUCAAAUCAUUGCUCAACAAGCUUACCGAAGAGAAGUUCGAUGGUAUCUCCAAACAGAUUCUUGAAUGGGCCAACAAGUCUCAGAAUGAAACUAACGGUAUGACAUUGAAACUCGUCAUCAAGCUCAUCUUCGAGAAAGCUACCGAUGAAGCUCACUGGUCCGCCAUGUAUGCCAAACUUUGUCGAUUGUUGAUGGUGGAACUUGAUCCCAACGUCACUGAGGUGCUUGAAGGUAAACCUACUUCCGGUGGUGUACUGUUCAGGAAAUACUUGCUUGGUCGAUGUCAGAUGGAUUUCGAGAAUGGAUGGAAGGCCAGAGAAGAUACUGCUGUAGCUGCUGCUGCCAAAUCUGAGGAAGACAAAGAGAGGUUAGCUAAACAGAAGAAAGACCAAGAAGCACAGGAGAAAGAAGGUGGUGCUGAGGGUGAAACCGAGGCUGUCAUGAUGUCUGAUGAGUACUACGCUGCUCAGAAAGCCAAGAGAAGAGGAUUAGGUUUGGUCCAGUUGAUCGGUGAAUUAUACAAAUUGGAAAUGGUCUCCAAAGGUGUCAUCAGACAAUGUCUCAUCCGAUUACUCGGUAACGUCACCGAUCCGGAUGAAGAGGAUAUCGAAUCGACCUGUAAACUUCUCUCAACCAUUGGUGAAGCUUAUGACGAAGCUGCUCCUGAUAACAUGAACACUGUGUUUGAGAGAUUGAACCAGGUUGUUAACAGUGAAUCGAUCUCUUCGCGAAUCAAGUUUAUGGUUAUGGAUAUUAUGGAUUUGAGAAAGGCCAAAUGGAAGUCGAGAAACAAGCAAGCGGGAGUCAUGACCAUCGCCGAGAUCCACCAACAAGCUGCCGAAGAGAAGGCUGCUGCUGCUGCUCAAGUAUCUCAGGGAUCGAUCUCUCGAGGUGGAUCAAGAGCGGGUCGAUCACGGGAUGGACCUCAGCCAGGAGAAUGGCAAUCUGUCUCGGCCAACCCACGAGCAGGACUCGGUCGACCAGCGGACUUCUCCAACAUCGGUCGAAAUAUCUCUUCCACCGGUAUGCCCUCUGCACCUACUUUCGGACCUUCGAGUGUAUUCGCUCGAAAGGGCAAAGCCGGUGCUACUGGUACUGUCACUCCUCCACUCUCCCGACAACCUUCCUCCGCCAACAUGUUCUCCGCUCUUAACGACGCUACUGAACCUUCUCCUGCGGAGGGUAGAAGAGGUAGUGCUGAUGCCGGUGACAAUGCUCCUCAGAGGAAGAAACUUCAAUUAGCUCCUCGGACGAAACCUCUACCUGGUGAAGGUGAGGGCGAGGGUGAAGGUGACGAGGAAGAAGAGGAGGAAGAGGAAGAAGAGACUCCUGCUGAACCUGCCGCUCCUAAGGAAUUGACCGAGGCUGGUGCCAAGACCAAGAUCGCGUCUGACAUGAAGGAAUUAUGGGGUGAGAAGGAUCAAGGAGGUUCGAGGGAUCCAGAGGAUAUCGCCGAAUACUUCAGGACGUUACCUGAGAUCCGAAGACAUCUCCUGGCUGAGAGGUUGUUGGAAGAUGUCUUCAGAAUUGCAAAGGAGAAGGACGCCAAGGUUGUGGCUAAGGGAUGGAAAGCUGCUUUGGAAGCUAAUGUCGUUACGACUGAUGUGUUGAGGACUGCUAUCGAGGCUAGAAUGCCAUCGUUGGAUGAUGAUUCGUUAGAUUUCCCUUCGGCUUACAAGGCGAUUGGAUUCCUAAUACGGCCUUUGUCAUUGUCAUCUGAAGAGAUCAGCGCUUUGGGAGAUAAGAUUGACGUCUAUGGAGAACCGAAGAUAACGCCUAAACAGAAAUUCGAAAAGGCUCUCGCUCAAGUAGCAGAGGAGGAGGCAUCGGAUUAA